AUGCCCCCAGGGGCCCUCCUCAGGGUCAGCGGUGCCCCUAAGGGAUCUUCCAGAAGCAGUGGCUCCCCAAGGGGCGGCGGUACCCUCAGGGGCCUUCCCAGGGGUCCUACAAGAGGAGCCAGACCUAUAUCUUUGGGUCGUGGUGUCGUACCUAUUGCAUACGUCCAGGUCCCUACAGUGACAGUGCCCCCUGGGGCCCUUGCAUUUGUCCUACCAGGUGCAACGCCCCCAGCGGUUCUCCCAGGGAUGUUGGCGCCCCCAGGAGCCCUACCAAGGGAGGGGGCGCCCCUAGAGCCCCUGCCAGGGGUUAUGGCGCCCCCAGGGGCUCUACCAGAGGCGGUCGCUCCCUCAGGGGCCCUGCCAGGGGAAGUGGCGCCUCCAGAGGCCCUCCAAGUGGGCAGUGGCGCUCUCAGGCGACCUCUGAGAGAGGCAGUGGUGCCCACAGAAGCCCUCCCAGGGGCAGCAGCCCUCCAACGGGACAUCUCUGGGAUGUUGGCGCCCCCAGAGGCCCUACCAAGAGCGGGUGUGCCCCCAUGGACCCUGCUAGGGGUGAUCGCGCCCACCGGCGCCCUUCCAAGAGAGGUGGCGCACCCAGGGGCUUUACCAGUUGCAGUGGUGCCCAGAGGGGCUCUCCCAGGGCCACAGGUGCCCCUAGGGGACCUCUCAGAUGUGGUGGCUCCCGCAGGGGCCUGCCAAGGGGUAACAUCGCGCCCAGGGGCUCGCAAAGGGGUAAUGUUCCCCCAAGGGGCUCUUCCUAGGGGAACCGAUGCCCCCAGGGGCCCUCCUCAGGGUCAGCGGUGCCCCCAAGGGAUCUUCCAGAAGCAGUGGUUCUCCAAGGUGCCGGUACCCUCAAGGGCCUUCCCAGGGGUCCUACAAGAGGAGCCCCCUGCCAAAAGACCUAUAGCUUUGGGGUCCUACAGUGACAGUGCCCUGGGGCCCUUGCAUUUGUCCUACCAGGUGCAACGCCCCAGCGGCUCUCCCAGGGGUGUUAGGCGCUCCCAGGAGCCCUACCAGGAGGGGCGCCCUAGAGCCCUGCCAGGGUUAUGGCGCCCCAGGGGCUCUGCCAGAGGCGGUCGCUCCCUCAGGGGCCCUGCCAGUGAUGGCGCCUCCAGAGGCCUCAAGUGGGCAGUGGCGCUCAGGCGACCUCUGAGAAGGCGGCGCUUCCAGGUGCUAAUCUCGGCAGCCGGAGGCCUCAGGGGACCUGACAUAGGCUGUAGAGCUACCAGGGGCCUUACAGAGGCAGUGGUGCCCACAGAAGCCCUCCUGGGGCAGCAGCCCUCCAACGGACAUCUCUGGGAUGUUGGCGCCCCCAGAGGCCCUACCAGAGCAGGUGUGCCCCCAUGGACCCUGCUGGGGUGA